UUCAAUAUGGGAGAAGAAAAAAAUGCAGCAAUUCCAGACAACAAUUCAGGAGUUGAGGGAUGCAAACUUGGCCCUGAAAAAUGAAAAUGAUCAUUUGAAAGACCUCAUAAUAAAGCAUAUUCCUCAAAUGAAGGAGGACAUUGCCUCGCUUGCUGGAAGAUGUGCAGCAACCUCAAAACAAUUGCAGCCUCAACAUACUGUGGCAGCUGCAGAGCCUCAGAAGAAGCAGCCUGGUGAUGACGAUGAUGAUGGUGGUGGUGAUGGUGGAAAUAACAACAAAAUCCAUGGAGAGAGAACCGAAGCUCCAGAGAAAACCGAAGCCCCAGAGACAAUUGAAAUUGUGAAGGGGUCAGGAGUCUUUUGCAAAAGAGAUGCGUGGAAGGCAUCCAUCCAUACCACCUCUGGCACAGCAAUGGUGCGAACUCUCCUCCUCGGCACAUUUCCCCUUGAAACCCUGCUUCAGAGCAACCUCAACGGUGGCAAGCCAAAGCGAGGUGAUGGGGAGCAGCUGGAAGCCCUGGACCCAGGAAAAAAGGCGGCCAUAAUCGCUAUCAAUGGUAGGAUCAGGAUCAGCAUCAGAGGCAACAAUGAAGAAGUGGCCACACACAACGAAGGGCCAGCUGGGUACAGCCAUCAACAACAAGCUGACAGAGCUUAGGGCUCGCCAAAAGCAGACAAAAUAAUUGACAUUUAUUGACAAUAAAUGUAUGUUAAUGACUUAUACAUUUUGUGUGUUGUAUUUUUUUAUGUAGGUAGGAUAUGUAUAAACCUUGAAG